AGUGCUCAUCAUAUUUAUACCUAACACCCUUUCAACAACUCAAAUCUCAUUUACUCGCAACUUUGCUGUCACUUUUAAAAUUUUAUAGGCAAACACCUACACUCACACUAAGCAUGAAGGAAGCCGCGGCAGCCAUCCAGGACCUCAUGCGCGACACCGCGCAUCUGUUCGACCAGGCACGCAAACUAAACUCGCAGCUGUUGCAAAUAGAUACGUUUGUCAGCAAUGAGGAAACGCGCACAUUAUUGAGGGAUCUGGACAAGUGCAAACGCCAGUUUAAGGUGUCAUUGGAGCAUGCGCGAGAACUGGCUGUUAGGCUAGACAAUUCCGAUGCAAUGAUGGGUGGAUUGCAAAGGGAGCGCGAUCGGCUUUAUGAAGAGGCUGUCGACAAGGCUGAGCAGAUUCGCAAGCUGUUGGACUGUGUGCGGCAGAUACAGUUGACCUCGGCGCAACUUCUUCAGAUAUAG